AUGACACCCAAGAGACUUCUGGUGUGGAAAGUGCCACUGGAUGUGUGUUGGGGGCCAGUAGAAUACCUGCCCAGUGGUCUGAUUGUUGCCGGUUGGUUCAGACCAUCUUCAUCAGGCUAUGCAACAUUCAUCCUAUCCACAGAAGAAAAGGGCAAAGCUCAAACUGUGGGUCACAAUGAACCACUAAUUCUGUCUGUAAAAGCUGGUGAACGUGUUACUCUCAACUGUGCAUUUUUAGACAAAUUAGAUAAGAUGCUUUGGUACAAGCAAAGAUUUGGUGAGAUGCCUCAGAAGGUGGGAGAACGUUUAACACAUAAUGAAAUCAACAUUUCUCCUGAGUUCAACAAAUCAGGAUUAAAAAUGGAAAAAACAAAGACUGGAAUAUCUUUGACAUUUCUACAUAUAAAUAAAGAGGAUGAAGGAUUGUACUUCUGUGGAGUAUUAAGCUGGGUGAAAAAUUUAUUGUCCAGUGGAACAUUUGUAUCUGUGACAGGUGAUCAAGAAUGCAGUGUAUCAGUGUUCCAAAACUGGACUGGUGAGCUGGACUCAUUUACUGAAGGAGAAUCAGUAAAUCUGAAGUGCACGGUUCUUUCUAAGAGCACAAUAUCAGAUCUUCCAGUGCUCUGGUUCAGAUCUGCUGCACCACAAUCCCGUCCUCAAAUCAUUUACACUCAUCACAACAGCAGCCAUCAGUGUAAGACCAGUUCUUCUACAUACACCUGUGUGUACAACUUCUCCAAGAACAUCCUCACCAUCAAUGAUACUGGUACCUACUACUGUGCUGUGGCCAUGUGUGGAAAAAUCAUAUUUGGAAAUGGAACGACUGUACAGCUGGCAUCUGUGGAUUAUUUAUGGAAGUUCCUUGCAGUAGCUUUGGUGGUGUGCAUAACUGUGAUCAUUGUUCAGUCUGUUUUAAUCUGUAAAAUUAGAAGCUGUAAACCAUACAGAGUGACCCAAGGUUCUGUGAUAGAGAAAGCAAACAACCAGGACUGUGAUGCUGUGAUGCUCAAUUACGCUGCUUUACAUUUCAAUGAGAGAAAAGGCAAAAAAUCAAGAGGAAAGAGACAACCAGCCCAAGACUGUGUGUAUUCCGAAGUGAUGAAGACCUCUUAGAUUAUACACUAUAGGGCCAAAAGUUUGUGACCACCUGACCAUGUGCUUAUUGGACAUUUUAUAGUUCCACCUCUUCCUGCAGGUUUAACAACCUUCACCUUUCUGGGAAAUUUGUAGUGUGUCUGUUGAAGUUUGUGCCCAUUCUAUCAAGAUCCUUUACAUUAAGCUUGUCUAUAUAGACGUUGCUUUGUUUACA